AUGGAAGUAUUCUACCUGCGGGUGGCAAUGGUUGAGGUUCAAUUAAAUAAUGACACUGACGUUCCUGCUGGUAUGCUAGUAGCCUUCGCGAUUUGUACUACGCUGCUCGUGGCAGUGCAUAUGUUGGCACUUAUGAUAAGCACAUGCAUACUUCCAAACAUUGAAACCGUCUGCAAUCUGCACAGCAUUUCGUUAGUGCACGAAUCACCGCAUGAGAGGUUACAUUGGUACAUUGAGACGGCCUGGGCAUUUUCAACUCUACUGGGCCUAAUAUUAUUUCUAAUAGAGAUUGCUAUUCUGUGCUGGGUGAAAUUUUACGAUUUAAGCCAACCGGCUGCUUGGUCAGCGUGUAUUGUGCUCAUUCCGGUACUAGUAAUCUUCCUUGCAUUUGCUAUACAUUUUUACCGCUCGCUUGUGACACACAAGUAUGAAGUAACUGUGUCCGGCAUAAGAGAAUUAGAGAUACUGAAGGAGCAAAUGGAGCAAGAUCAUAUGGAGCAUCAUCAACAUCGAAAUAAUGGAUUAAAUUACGCUGCAAGUGGCGAAAUUGUCUAACUUCCAAUAAAGUCCAUACAACUUUAAAGCCUGUCUUGAAAAACGAGUAUUUUUGCAUAUAAUUUGUUGUUAGCGAUUAAGUUAUGAACUUUAGUAAGCCACACAUGUGUGAACAAUAUUUAAUUCAUAAUUAGGAUUAAUUUUUAAGUUAUGGUAGAUCAUAGAUCGUAAAUCGUAAAUAUGUUUAAUUAUUAUUGAUACGAAUUAAAAUACAA